CUUCCAUAAACUUUUAAUAACUAAACAUGUGGAAACCGGCAAUCUUCGCUCUCCUUGGACUCCUGAUCUUCGUCAGUCCUUGUUGGAUGUUUCUACCCGAUGUGGACUGCACUGUUAAUGGCACAGUGGACUUGUGUCCAGGCGCUUGUCCAGAAACUUGUGAAUUUAAUGGUGUAGGUGCGUGCAAUAGAAUGUGUGGAAGUCCUUGUGCCUGUAAGAAAGGAUAUGUAAUUGACGAAAGGAUUCCGGCAUGUGUCUUGCGAUCUGAUUGCCCUAAAGAUGUUGUUCAAAAAAAAGGAACAACUAAAAUUUCGAAUUUUAACUGUUUUUCAAUAAGUCCCUGCGUUUUUGAGGAAAUUAAAUAAUUUUUAUUUUAAUAAACGUAUUCUCUAUAAAAUA